CUACCUGCUAUUUUUCGUGCUUCCCACCCAACAAGAAUUAUAUUCCCGUCCGUGAACCGCCAUAAGUGCGUUGACUUUACGAUGGGAGCCAUGGAAGCCAGUGGUGAGUGCAGAGACAUCCCCAUUGAAGAGGUGAGCUUAAAUUCUUUUGACUCCUGGCGAUCGGACAUCCCCUCAGCACGUGUGGUUCAUCUGAAGGGCUUUGCCAACGAGCUGGGGAUGUACUACGACGAGGAUGUCCUUAAGACCUUGCAAGAGGAGUGCAGCUUGCUGGUCUGGGAUGGAGAUGACUACAGCUUGAGCAGCUUCACCCGAUUGGUCCCAAAGUUCUUAGACUUUGGGCCAGACCGCCGUGCCGCCGCCUUUAGGCAGAUCAGUGAGUCAUCUAUGGCCAGUUUCAAGAAGAGCUGGAGCAAGGUUGCUGAGAUGUUCCCAGGACGGCUGGCGGUAAUUCCUGUGGAGGUACCACAGGAUCCUCUACGAUUGCUGGGGCCCGCCGAGAUCAGGGACUGCCAAGAUCUUCCACCAGCUCGGAAAAGCUUUGUCCUCUUGGGACGUGCGGCAAUUAAGGUGACGGGGGCCACUCGAGUGCUGGCCAUGGGCGGUGGCGGAGUGAGUUUGAAGGAGGCUGAGCUCAGUGAGGACCAGGACAUCAGAUGGACAGUUUUUGCUUUGAGCCGAGGGCAUAAGGAGAUGUUUCCGACGCUUGUGGACUGGGCAGUGAAGAAUGGAGCUGAAGUCAUCAGGGGCAAGGAUCCCAACGAAGAUCUUGGCUUUGGGGAGGUUUCUGUGGGAUUUAGCGACUUUGAAGGUGCUGCCGUUCAUCGCGCUCUUACCAACCAAACCAUGUGACAGCCUGACAGCUGGUUGUCCGUUCCUGGAAAA